AUCAAAGCGAUCGAACACAAUUACAAUAGAAUAGUAUCGAAGAAAAAGUCCAGAAAAUUACAAAAGUAGGAAGAACGAAAUUGGACUUUCGACCGAAAAAUAUAAAAUAAACACAAACGAAAAAAUCCUUAGAACAACCACAAGAACAACGAAGAACGAGAGAACGAAGAGAACACGACGUCAUAGAAACGAGACACACUGAGGAGUCAUCAUGGCAGGAGUUUUGGGCAACUUCAUGCGCCACUCCCGGGCGAGGUCGGAGAUCCAGAGGCGUCGAGAGGCCCUCAAGGCUGAGAGAGAAGCCCGGAGUAAGAGUGGGUCCGUCGACGCCGUUCCCAAGAGCCAAGCAGGCAAGGGCGGCACUGCUCAGAAGAUCGGCACGCCCUCCAAAAACAACAACAACAAGCAGGUGACCAAGCCGUCCGCCCAGAAGACGCAGGUCAAGCAGGCACCUUCCAAGCAGGUCCAGCAGACGAAAGGAGCGGGCGGCAAGAAAGGCAAGAAAGGCCACAAGCAUCAGCAGUACGACCUCAUUGUGACCAUCGACCUGGUGGAGUACGGACUGACAGACGACCUCGUGGCUGAGUUCAAGGAAGCCUUCAUGCUCUUCGAUAAGGACGAGGACGGCAUGAUCACGACGGCGGAGCUCGGGGUCGUCAUGCGCUCCCUCGGUCAGCGCCCUUCAGAGACGGAACUACGCAAGCUGGUGGGCGAGGUGGAAACUUGCGCCGACGGUACCAUCGAGUUCAACGAAUUCCUGCAGAUGAUGAGCAAGAAGCUGAAGGACAUCGGCAACGGCGACGAACUCAAGGAGGCCUUCAAGGUGUUCGACAAGAAGAACUCGGGAUACCUGUCAUCCACUGAACUCCGCCACGUCAUGACCAGCAUGGGAGAGAAGAUGUCCGAGCAGGAGGUGGAGGACAUGAUCAAGGAGGCAGCCCCGAACGGCGACGGCCGAGUCAACUACGAAGAGUUCGCCAACAUCAUCGCCAGAAAACACUAAAAAGAAAGGAAAUAAAAAGAAAAAAAAAGACUUGCCAGCCACCACAUCCUGCGUCGUG